GUGCUAAGCGCGCUAGGGUUUUAGUUCUUCGUGGAGCGUUGGGGCGUAGCGGCGAUGGCGAUGCCGCGCGUGGUGACAUGAGAGCUGCAUCGGUGAUUCCGGCUGUAUUCUAAGGCUGGAUUGAUGGACACGGAUACGUGCAGUGGAGGGACGAGUCCUAGCUUCGCAUUUGCCUUCAAUGACAGUAAUUUCUCGGAUCGCGUCCUCCACAUUGAGAUUGUCGCGGGGGCGUCUGGAGAGGCGAAGUCCUCCGGAGAGCCUUGCUCCACAGUCGGUGCUUGGGCACGGCAGAAGAAGCGUAGGCGUGGAGCCGAUGCCAAGGAUAAAGCAUUUGAGAAUGUUUGCGUGAUGGUGGGUCUUGGUGGUGGUCAAGAGGAGCAAAUUAUGACUGGAACCCAACCAGAGCCAGACGACGCGGAAGAGGAAGGGGACGUCAUGAUCGAGGAGUCUCCUACGUCAAUGGCUGGAAGUCCACCAGCGGAAGACCAGGAUCAGAUGCAAAGCACCUCUUCCUGGAAUUCAGAGAGUUCAACUGUGUUGCGGGUCAAAACGAUUCAUAUCAGCUCGGCAAUUCUCGCUGCUAAGAGUCGUUUUUUCUACAAACUCUUUUCCAAUGGUAUGCGUGAGUCGGAGCAAAAGGCAGUUACUUUGCGCAUUACCGAUUCAGAAGAGGUGCCAGUAAUGGACAUGUUGCAAUUUAUGUACACUGGCGGCUUGCAGGCAAACACAGCUCCGGCAUUGCUCGACGUUUUGGUUGCGGCCGAUAAGUUUGAAGUCGCAACGUGCAUGCGGCACUGUAGCAGAUUACUACGAGAGUUGCAAAUGACUCCCGAAUCGGCACUCGUGUACCUCGACUUGCCGUCAUCCGUGCUUCUGCCUGAUGCGGUUCAGUCACUCACAGACGCUGCGAAAGCAUUCCUGGCAGAUCGGUACAAAGACAUUGGAAGGUUCCAUGAGGACGUUAUGCAUUUACCGCUGGCCGGUUUGGAGGCCGUGCUAUCCAGUGACGACCUCCAGGUUGCGUCCGAGGAUGCAGUCUACGACUUUGUGCUAAAGUGGGCCAGAGCGCACUACGCCAAGAUAGAGGAAAGACGGGAGAUCUUCCGGAGCAAACUCGUGUGGCUCAUUCGCUUCCCAAUGAUGUCCAGCCGGAAGCUCCGAAAGGUUUUGGUUUGCAACGACAUCGAGCACGACCUGGCGUCGAAGCUGGUGAUGGAAGCGCUGUCUUUCAAGGCCGAGCCGCCACACCGCCAGAAGCACAUCAUGGUGGAGGAGAUCGUGCACAAGCGUUUCAGCGAGCGGGCUUACAAGUACAGGCCAGUCAAGGUGGUGGAGUUCGACGCACCGUAUCAGCAGUGCCUGGUUUUUCUGGACCUCCGCAAGGAAGAGUGCCUGACGCUGUGGCCACAGGGACGAGUCUACUCUCAGGCAUUUCAUCUCGGGGGCCAGUGCUUCUUCCUCUCGGCCCACUGCAGCGUGGAUCAGCAAACCGCGGCUCACUGCUUUGGAUUGUUCCUGGGGAUGCAAGAGAAAGGCUCGGUGAGCUUUGCGGUGGAGUACGAGUUCGCGGCACGGUCCAAGCAGGAGGAGUGGAAGUUUGCUCCCAGAGUGAAGGGGAACUACGUCUUCACCGGAGGAAAGGCUGUAGGAUACAGGAACCUCUUCUCGUGCCCGUGGCAAGAGCUCAUGAAGGACGACAGCGAUUACUUCCAUCAAAACGUCCUCCACUUGAGAGCCGAGCUCACCAUCAAGCCUCAGGGACAAGGUAUGUAGCGAGUGAUUGAUUGAUUGAUAGAGCUACAAACCAUAGAGAAAAUUUUUCGCUCUUCUUUUUCCUUCUUGACAGGAAAGAUCGAUACUAUAGCUACGAAGAGCUUGACUUGAGAGGAGAAACUCUUCUGUGAAGUGUCUGUUAUAAAGAUAAAAGGAAAAACAAUGAAAGGAAACUUUAAUGGAUUCUAGGGUUUAUGGCAGUGAGCGGAUGGAUCCGGAAGGUGAUCGUUCCGGCGGUGGCGAUGAAGGAUCUGGGAGUAACAGAUUGGAAGAAAAGGGGGAUUUGGAUCCCAUGGCUUUGAAUUCUAGGGUUUACAGCGAUCCCAAUGUGGAGAUCAGCUCAAUACAGAGAAAGGAGGGAGAUUUUGAUCACGGAGGCGCUACUGCGUCGGAAUCAGGAGGAGCUGGGGACGAUGGAUCUUCCGCUGGUAUUUUUGCGCGAGGGGAGAGCAGUGGGACUAGUCCGGUGGAUGUUAUCGGCACGGGGCGAGCGGCGGUGCUCAAGGGCGUGAUCCACGACGCUGAUUCCAAAUUCGAGGCGGCAUUGGCGAGCCAGGACUCGCUGGCGCUCAGCAUCGAUCGCCUCACUCGAGGUGUGCCCUUCGAUCAACUUUACCUUUGAAAAGAGGUGAUGCAUUGCAAUUCCUUUUCGUCUCUUCUUUCUCAUUGCUCUAGCUUUUUUCUUGUUGCCUGUCUCUUUUCGUUUGCAUUGCUUUUGUAGUCUCCCGAGUCACAAAGUCCUUUUAACUGUUGUUUUCCUUUUUCUAGUGCUCGACAAGUUGCUAGAAGAUACACCGAUGCCAUUUCUCGCUCAAGACUCGGCACGAGUUCACGGCCUUCGGAAGAGGGUUUUGUCACUCUCGUCCACCUUGCAGAUCAUCCGGGUCCGGAUGAAGAACAUUGAGAGCGCACUCCUCCACCAAUCAUCCAGAAGCACUUCUCCAACCACUGCCAAGAAUUCUCCAUUAAUUUCCCCAAGGAUUGAGUCAAACUCGCCGCCCAAAGUCGCUCAAAGAACCUCGCCAAGAAGAACGCAAAGCUCAUCUUCUCCAAUUCCUCAUUACCAUUUAAUUUGAAUUUAAUUCUUAAGCCUUAGAUUUAUA